AUGUUCGCUUGUGUCGCCAGUUCAAGUGCUCUUCUCCCUCCCUCUCUCCCUCCCUCCCUCCCUCCCUCCCUCCCUCCCUCCCUCCCUCCCUCCCUCCCUCCCUCCCUCCCUCCCUCCCUCCCUCCCUCCCUCCCUCCCUCCCUCCAUCCCUCCCUCCCUCCAUCGCUCCCUCCCUCCCUCCCUCCCUCCCUCCCUCCCUCCCUCCCUCCCUCCCUCCCUCCCUCCCUCCCUCCCUCCCUCCCUCCCUCCCUCCCUCCCGCCCUCCCUCCCUCCCUCCCUCCCUCCCUUCCUCCCUCCCUCCCUCCCUCCCUCCCUCCCCCCUCCCUCCCUCCCUCCUCCGCUCUUCUCUCCCCAACCUUUCUCCCUCUCGAGCCCGCUCCCUCAUUCCCACUCUCAUACCAUGAAGCCAGACACUGUAGUGAUCAAGAAGUAUCAACGCAAGGAACGGGUACGUGCACCCACUCUCAUACCGCUUCCCCACACCAGCAUGCAAACUCCAGUGGACUGCACGAUGGGGGAGCAUCCAAGAAACCAAGGGAUGGAAACCAAGAAGACAGGCAAGAGGACUGGUGUCAGCAGCAGCACGAGAAGCAAUUUCCUGUGUGUAUUGGGGAGCAAGGGAGGGAGCAAACAUGCAAGCAGGAGGCACAUAGGAAUGCACUGCUGCGUGUGGAGCAUCCUGGGACGGAACAGUUGGAGGAGAGGGGAGGGAAGAGCUGCCGGCUUUGUCGCGAUGGGAUGAGGCUGGUAACAAGAGGAGCUGAGAUGGGUUCAGGAGAGGAGGGGGAUAAGACUGAGAUUGAACGUAAGAAAAUCGACGGAAGCAGAGGAGAAGGAGGGGUAAGGGCCAAAGGGAGUGGAGUACCUACGUGGGCUGCUUGGGGGGAGAGCAGGAGACGGAGAAUGGAAGGGGCAAGGUUGGAGGGAGAGGCAUCAGAGAUAGCACAUGGCUUAAGAUCCGGCUCCCAAGUUCUGGCCUCUGAAGGGGGAAGAGAUGAGGUAUUAGGCGGCAGGAGAGGGGGGCGUGAGAGGCAAACGGAGCAGGAGGUAGUAAGGCAGAGUGUGAAUGCGGAGGAAAUUAUUAGAGGUGGGAGGGCUAUUGUGGGUGGCGGCACCAGUGGUGGCGACUGGUGCGAAGCGAGGCGGCUUGAGGAGUCUAGGUUAGUGGAGGAGAGAGAAGCGGUGAUUGUGUCUGGGGUUGCAAAGGAGAGAACAGUUUUAAAGGAAGAAGAAAGGAAGGGCUUCUGUAAUGAAGCAGAGGAGAGAGAGGUGGCUGGGGUAGCUAAGAAGAGGAGGAGGAUUGGGGCAUGGUCAGGUGGGGGAUUGAAGAAAGGAGAGGGUCAAGUGGAGGGGCAGGAGGGGCAAGUGCAGGUGGUAAAGGAAGAGCCGCAGAUGUUACCGCAGCAGAGGCCUGUCGCUUCCCUGGAUACUCGAGCGACGGUUUCGAGUCACAAGGAGAUGAAGGAGUGGGUUGAGGAAGAGGCCCAGAAAUUGACCCACCGGAGGGCAAAGGAGCAAGCAAGAGACGGCGCAAAGGAGGGGGCAAAUGAGAGAACAAAGGAGGGAGCAAAUGAGAGAACAAAGGAGGGAGUAAGGGAGGGGGCAAGGGAGGGUGCAAUGGGAAGAGUAACGGAAGGAGCGAGGGAAGGAGGUCAGGAGAGAGCGAUGGAGAGGAGAGAGGGGGGAGCAGAGAAGAGCAGUGGAGAGCUGGAGGAGCAGGGUUGUGGGGAGGAGAGAGAGGGGAGCAAAGAGGACCGACACCACUGGCUGAAAUAUGGGCAGAAGGUUCUUAUGGAGAGAGUAUACACACGGUGA